UAAGCCGAGGUCGAGCCGUGUUCCCAGGCCCGUGAGCUUCACAUUUGCUGUCAAAACCUCCGCGUUUUUGGCCGUCCUCUCCGGGUUAAAUGUUCUGAUAGAAUUAACGAAUAGUCUAUCCGGAAAAUCCUUGUUGUGACUGUGAAAACGGUGUUCGUAGAGCCUCUCAAACGUUGCGCUGAUCGAAAUAUGCGACUAGACCGUUCGGAGUGUUGUUCUUAUUGGUUUUUUUAGGAAUAUGUAUAUGGAGUUUCCCAAGAAAAUUUUCCGGAGGAAUGAUACUCCAAACACUCACUUGAGGAUCGAAAAAACCCCAUCCAUUCAUCUUGUAUCUUAGGGGAAAUUAUUCCAAGUAUCUUUCGGGAAUGCCAUACAAAAUAACGUCUGACAAGAGCGACCUGAUUGCAUUAUGAAUCAAUGGUUUCAUUUUGGUCCAACGGUUGCUCUGCUGCUAACCUGGUGCUUUCAAACCACCGCCACCUUCAAACAGCAAGGUGCAUGCUACUUUCCAGAGAAAUGGGAAGGUACCUGGUUCCAAUCAGGAAUUAGACAACCUGUCAUUAUAGAAAGUUCCAGGAUUAGCAGUAAAGGUCGCUGUCUAGGGUCUGAAGGAGAUAAAUUUCUAGUAGUGGACGACAAGAGGGCGUGCUAUCGUUGUGUUGUGAUUCACGAGAAACACGCAAACGUUCUACAGUACAAAGAAACAUAUUGUUACGGGAGAGAUUCUCUCCCAUCUCUUUGUAGUUAUAUAACUGGUGAUGCGCUACUGUUCUCGAUGUUUCGAGAGAAUGCAACCCCAGUUCCUUGCCCGUUUAAGGCCCCGUUCACAUUCACAUACAACAGAGGACAUGGCGAGUGCAGGUCACCCGUGUCCAACAUAGAUUCGUGCACUGAAGACACGAAGCUGUUGCUCAGCUACCAGUCCUGUCCAGAUGUACCUGGGACUGAAAGCGCAGUUGAAGAGCUCCAGUGCCUAGCGGCCUGGAAAGAGGGCAGUUCCAGAUACCUCGUAGGCAAAGUGGACCACAUCCACGCCCUCUCCAACGAGGACAGGUACAGGUGCUUCGUGUACGAGAAAGUGACGCCCGAGUCCAUGGAGGACGUGGAUUACAGAGUGGCACAAAGUGGCGAUGCCACUUGCAACGGCCUUUUCAGCGCUACCGAAGGAAGUCGCACGAUGAUACUGCGAAAGGCGCCAUCCUUGAAUAAAUGCCAUUUCCCACCCUGGAUGACAAAUUACAACCACUGGCACAGCCUGGAUUAUUCGACGACUUACAGCUUCCACCACAGGGAUGCCACCUUGAGAAUUGGAAAUUCUACGUCGGGUACGGAAAUGAGAGUGUUGUGUACACACGUGAAAUACACGUCGAGGAAUGAGAGUGCUGUUGUGCUCUUGACUCAUUUCACAAUGGGAUGCCAAAGCGGUUACAUGUGCAUGUCGUUCAACCGCCGAGAUGCGCACGUAAUGGAAGUGCAAAUUGGAAGUCAAACCAAGCGGCUGGAAGAUGCUUGCAGUGCCACAAACUUCAACAUAUCCAGUCAAUCAUACGUUACCCUCGUCACUACAACCCCAGAAAGGAGGUCUUGCCCCUUUAUGGGAAAAUUCGAGGUGGAGAGUCUCAUGAGGAUUGAUCGACUGCUGCACAGCAAACCCUAUCAGCCGAUGGACUCGAGGUACUUCGACAACUAUUUCCUGAAGAAGAAACAGCAGAAUGCGGUUGACUUCCAACAUCGACGAUCCAAGAGAUUGGACCAAGAUCCGGACUGUGAUAGCGAUGGAUUUACAAAUCUGAUUAUAGGAUGUAGUUCUUUAGAUACUAUGGAGUUCAAAACAGAUUGUUCGUCGGCGAUUUCAACGAGGGAGUACGCCUGCCAUGGUAGGUGGGAAGAAAACGGUACUAACUACCUGAUAACAUCUCCGGUGAGCACAAAGCUUUCCUACAAUUCUCGACGCUACUGUUUUGUAUACAAGGAAGUUUCCCCUGGUACAAUUUUUUUCUCCACUUCCUCCUCUAACUGCGAUCGGAGUAUUAGACCUGGACUAAACGGAGAGUUAAUCUUCAAUAUCACCAGCAUUGGUAAAUGCAUAAUGGCGAGCGGGACUACAAGAUCCAGUGCAAAACUUCACAAUUUAGGGGUUUUCUACAUAAUUUCAAUAAGUAUCAUGAUUUACGUUCAAAGAUGAUCAUAAGCCACGCGUUGAAAUUAGGAUACAUUUUAUGAAAUGAGACUGUAUUGCCCUGAGGGCUUAUUUUGUUAUCCAGGGAAGAUGUCUAAUCUUUUCGCUGGUUCAUGAAGAUUUCUCUAUGAAAAGUUGAGGUUUUCACAGAGGUUGUUAAUUACCAAUAAAAAGUUUAAUUUUUAGAAGUUAUGUUGAUUCAAUGUGUUGGAGAAAUUAUUCAGAAAAUGUCAAGAACAUACUAAGUUCAGGUUUAGUGUCUGAAAUUUUACAUUCCACGAAACGAGUGUAGCAUUUUGAGAUGUUAUUUCAUAAAAACCACGGUAAGGAUAUUCUCAGACAAAAUUUGGUCGAAUGGAGAAAAACCUGAACAAAUACCUGUCGAAUAAGCAAUAAUAGGGGUCCAAUAAUUCAGUUUAUCUGAUUAUUCGAAGAUAUAUACCUAGAAAUAUCAACUGAGUUUCGGUAACUUUGGAAAUCUUCAUGGACGCAUAUCCAUGUGAAAAGGAGAGUUGUAAAUUUGAUAAUUUUAAGUAUGUACUGUGAUUACUGCUAGCAGUAUCAGAUAUAAGAACUAUUUUAACUCAACUUUACUGAAAUAAACUUCGAGUGUAGUGGCUCUCGUGAAUAUUUGUGAAGAUAUUUCUAUUUCUCUUAUAGUACGGAUCUUUUGCAGCUUUUAGUAUAGACAUUUUAAAGGAUCGACCUGUGGAAAAUCGACACGAUGGUCAGAAAUUGUGCUCAAAUAUAAUCCACCUAAAAAUCAACUUUGGCUCAAGAGGGACAAUAUUAAAUUUUUACAUUUUUUUUUCAACGUGGCGGGAAAGAUUUAGAACUAUGAAGUCUAGGUCCUGAAUCAAGAUUACCCAGUUUUUAAUGAAUAUUGAAUGAAUUUAUGUUUUCUUUCCUGAAAAUUUAGGAUAUCCGAAUAUUUCAUUGUCUUUGAACAGUUUUUUGUUAUAAAAUAUGCUCUUUUUGAUGUGAUGAAAUUAUACAACAUUUCAUCAUCGUCAAAAACUGCGCAUUUCGAAUACAAAUUCACCUGAUUUACCGAAGAUAGAGACACACGCUGUAGUUUAUUGAAUUAAUAAUGAAUAGGCAGUUUGAAGUUGUGAAAGACGUAACAUACCAAUCUUAUCUGAUUAGAGAACAACAGAUAUUUCAUUAUUAAGGAGGAAUAUAUCAUAUUUCAUUUCUGUAAUCAAGGAUAUUUUUCAAUUUGUUCGAAAAAGCUCGCCUAAAACAUAUCAUUAGUUCGACCAGUGUUUGAUUCAUCGAAAAUCUCAUCGAGUUUUAUGCACUUUCACCUCAUAUUUCAACGAUGCACUCACAUAUCAUGUCAUUUCAUUCUGCCAUUGUCGAUUUUCCAUAUACAGGAUCAGAAGAAUAGUAAACAUCUGUGAUUUAUUUUCUGUAACAAACUUUUACGCAUUUUACCGUUGAUGAACCCAAAGAAUGCUACAAUAGAUGUAAGAUAAGUAUUUUUGCACAUACCUACACCUACAAGCUUGUUCGGGAAUACGCAAAAGGUGAUAUUUUUCGUAACUGGAAGCAAUAUUACGAAUGUUUUUUUUUCGUUGUGUAAAAAUAUUCGAAUCAGAGUGAGUACGUAGCUGAAAUUUUGUUUUCUACGAUAAUUUCGAAAGCAAUAAUAUUAAAGAGUAGUUAUAGAAGUCGUUACGGCUAAACCUGUUAUCAAUUCAGAUAAAAAUAAUGAUUUAAAGGGAUAUUUUAAGGGGCUUACAUCGGUUUAUGGGACUAGGAGCAUGAGUUUGUCGCUUUAUGUCCAAGGGUAAAUUGUUAUUGCUGGUGUAACCGAUUUGGAAUAACAAAUACCAUGAAUAAUAUUCCCCAUUUCAAAAUAGACAUGCAAAUAUACUUUUUUUCAAUAGAAUAAUAAUUUAAAUUCCAGUUUAAUUAUGAGAAUAAAGAGCGACUCUUCACGCUCACCUGAGUUGGUCAGAUAUACACAAUUUUAUAGUUUCAGAACAAUUAAUAACUGGCAUUUCUCUGAAAAUAUAUAUAGCAAUAACUUUGGAACGAAUUGAUGGAACUCUGUAUUUUUUUUCAUUAUAAAAUCAAGAAAUAUUUAUUGUAUAGAAAGUUUCGGUUUUUAUAUAUUCCAAAUAUAGAUCGAUGUUGUUAUUGAAGACAUCCUAGAAUCGACUCGAGUUGUAACAAAACGAAAAUAAUAAUCAUGCUCCAUUUCCAUAACUGAUGUAACAACAACUCUCUAUUGAAAACUGCUGAAAAUGUAACUUCAAUUGAAAAAUAUUUGCGAAAUGCAAUCAUAUUAAACUGUAUAUUAUGUAAAUUUCAUUUGCCUAGAAUAACGAUCGAUUAUGUAUUGAAAUAUAGUUCAAAACGAAGUGAAACUAACCUCUUUAGAAAAAAAAGUAGUUUUAGAUAGACUGUUCAAGAAAGGCAGAACAAGAGAACUUGCACUAAAUCACUUGCUGUAAUAGUGAGAACAUAAUUUUUUUUUAAUUCGAAUUUGAGUUUUAUGUGCUCAUAAGAGAAAAUUUCUGUUUGAAUCGAUAUUUCGUCUAUUUCAUUUAUACCGGUAGGUCUAGAAAUACGUCUACCACCGACCAAAUAUUUGUCAGGUUAUAAAGUUUUUUAUCGAAUUCCUAUUCGAAUUUUUAUGGAUGUAUAUCUUUACCACCUAAUUUCCCAUUGAUAGAACGAAUAUAGUGAGAUAUGCUAAAUGAAGUUUUGCCUGAAGCAAUGUUGAAAGUUUUGUUUGUUUUCUUCAUAUUCCGAAUCUUUAUGACCUAGUUGGUAAACAAUUUUCUCUGCAGAUGCAUUUCGAGACCUUCUCAUAUUUAAAUCGAUAUUUCUCAUAUCAGGAGAAUACUCUUUUUAGGUCUCAGAUAAUUCCAGACAAGCUAUUCAUUUCACCAAAUUAUCGCGAAUGAAUUAAUUGAUUAAUCACUUCCUAUAGCAAGUGAAUUACUGUAUGUUCAUGAGAACGGUGCCUUGGAUGUUCUUGUUGUAAGGUGACACAAUGUUAAAUAAAUGACUCAAAACAAUUGUUGUAACAACAUGUACAUUAACUAAAUAAUAAAAACUUAUUAUAAAA